CAUUGAUUAAGGGAACACAGCGAUUUUUUGAAUGGCAUAUUGACCUUGAGAUACUAAAUGAAUGCAAAGGGAUGGUUGCGGGUUCCUGAAAGGCCAUGUUAAGCAAGAGUCCGUCCUUGAAAAAUCUAUGAAAACUUUUGGAAUGGAGACUGAACGGUCAAAUUUAUUGGCUGUUGCCAAGAUAGUUGUGAGAGAUCUGAUACAAUAUACAUAUGGUCGACAACAAGUGUCUUUUGAUGAAACUUUUUUUUCGAUUAUACCUGGAAAUGUCCCUAAUGGUGAAGUUUCAAAUAUUAUCUGGCUACUACUUUGUGUUAUUGAACACUGCCUUUGUCAUGGAUUGCGCCACGAAUACACCACCACUAAUUCCGCUUAUAGUACUCGUGAAGGGACUAUGGCUAAAGAAUUUUUAAGGAACACUACAAGUGUUAUUCGACGAGCAUGUGAUCAUGUGACAUCUACUGCAAAUAGCUUUGUGAAACAGUCAUCUUACCCGAAUCCCUGGCCAGUACUUUUGGAAGUAGAAAAACUGUCGGCGUUUUCGAAUGUAAUUAGUAGUACUAUUGUUACAAUGACUGAAAUAAAGACUGGGAUAGGUCUUUCUCGCGUAUGGCUUAGACAAGCUCUAAUGCGGAAGCAACUUGGCGAAUACAUCCAAGUAAUCAUAGAUUAUAUUGGUACUCACAGUUCGGAUUACAAAUCGGAAGAUUCUUCGAAAGAUUGUGAGUCUAAAUCAAUAUCAAAUGCAGCACAAAAGUUUAAUUUAUUUACUACAUUCUAUGAACCCGGUGCCUUGCUUUUAAAUAACGAGGGGAUUGUUUUAACUGGACUGUUAGCAAGCUUAAAAUCCAUCGACUUUUGCUUCAUAUUGAAAGACAAUUUGUCCUACAUGGAUAGACCGUUGCAACCCAUACCAUAUCAUAUAUACUUACAAUAUAACUUGGAUAAACUUGAAAAACUGUAUUCAAAAGUGAAUUUAAUUUCUCAAGUGGAUUUGUCAGUGUCAAUUGAACAAAAAAAUUUCCUGGAAGACUUAUGCAACGCAUUGAAGAAACGUAUUGAUCGAGAAAAUGCAACUAAUCGGAAACUCAACAUGGAACUUGCAGAUCUCUCUAAGCAGAUGGAAAGCAUGAAACUUGAAAAUCAAAGUUUAUCUAUUGCUGUAGCGCAGUUAAAAAGGGAUAAAAUUGGUUUAACUACUUUACAAUCAGAAAAUGUGGAAGUAAUUAAUCGAGUGAGUCAAUUAGAAUCAGAGUUGAAGCAUUGCCAAAAGAGAAAUGAAGAAAAUUCUGAGCUUAUUGAAUCUCUCCGAAAUCAUUUGAAUGAAUCAAAUAAGCGUUGUAAACAGUUAACUCGAUAUCUAUCUGAUUCUCAGUCCUCACUUGAGCAUAAACAAACUGUGAUUAAACAACUAGAGGCGAAAUCUAAAGGUAUGACAAGUAUUAUUGAACAGAUGAAAGAAAGAAUAUCCAAUCUGAGUAAUGAUAAAGUUUCUCAGGAACGAGAUCUGUCCAUCUUACGUGAACAACUGUCCAACCUAGAGAUGAAAUAUGAUGAACAAUCGAGAGUAAUUGAAAACCAAGCAAAUCAAAUUGAAAGUUUGAAAGGUGAAUUGCAUCAAAAAACCACACAACUGAAUGAAUUGAAAGUUACUGCUGAAGAGUUGCCUGUCUGUAAAUCUAAUAUUGAAGAGUUAACGAAACAGCUUACUAAAUGGCGUAAACGAUGUGAAGAACAAGAAUGUAGCCUAACUGAAAUGGCUGAAAUUGUUAAUUCAACUAAACUUGAAGCUGAAAGUCUUCGCGAAUCACACAAUGCGUUUAAAGAUGCUCAAUGGGCAAAUGAUUCAGAAAAUCCCAACUGCUUUUUAUGCCAGAGUGCAUUCAGUGUUAGUCGUCGUCGGGUAGGCUGUCAGUUAGUCUCAUUGUUUUAAAUUUUUCAUAUUAUGAUUGUUUUUCUAUGCAACAUCUUUUUCUCCAAAGAACUUGAUAGAAACUCAAUUUUACACCAUAAUUUUAUUUAUCAGUUCGUUAAUAGAAUUAUCUAUUAGAGUUUCGCCAAAUAAAGCCUUUCUGUCUUGUAACCAUACCCUUUAAGUUAUUAACCCAUUAACUUUAGAAUUUAUCUGCUGAAUAUUGCUUUCCUAAUUGCAAUGAAUAAGACACAAGAUAUGAUUGAAUGUUAAUAGUGACAGGUAUAGAAUAGUGAUGCAAGCGAAAAUCAUGAAAACGAUGGAUGGUACCCGAGUGCAUUUGCAUAAAUACGAGUGAAACUAAGAAAGACCACAGGUUUCAUUGAUUAGUAACAUCUGAUAUCUGUUGCUUAAGUGACGAUUAUCAGUUCAGUCACUUGUAUAAUGCCUAACUCUAUGACGUUUAAAAAGACGAUACAUAUUAGUUAGGUCUUCUUUUUGUUGUGCAAUGCAGCCACAUACAUAUUUUUUCAGUUGAAAACGCCCAUAUGGAGUGAAACACGCUACUUUGAAGUGUUUAGUCUGCAUAUACUUAGGAUUGUUGUUUUGUUUUGUUUUCUGUGCUAACUUCCCCAGACAUACAUACAUAGUACAGUUGCAACACAUAUAUCCACUAUCGUAUUGUGUAACUGCUAUUUUGCUUCUACAUUCUAUUAAAUGAACUAAUUUGUUGCUGUUGUUUAGCUUACUUCCUAGUCACAAUGUUGUAUUGUGAAUAAAAUAAGAAUGGUAAAAUUUAGUUGCCGAAAAUAUUGCAAAAUCUAUAACUAUGCAAUAGAUAAGUCAAGCAAUAGAUAUGUUCAUCCUUUAAUUAGUCAUCAUCAGAGUAGCCGCAAUGAUGUUCUGUUAAGACAUAAAACCAAAUGUAUGUAAGUAGCUAUUUUGUGGGAGGAUGGUGCAAGAAUUAUAUUCGAGCUUCACUACUUAUUAAGUCUGAUUAAUUAGUGUAUGGUAUUGUUGGCGAAAAUAGUUGCUUUUUAAGGCUGUGAACACCAAGUUGGAAAUAUUCCUUUUAGAUAAUAUUGUUCAGUAAAGACCUGUCAGUUAAUUAAUUAGUUAAUAGGCUAGUUAAUUAGGAAUAGCCACACAUAAUAAGUGAAUGCUAACUAAUGAUAGUAUUCAGUUACCCAGGCUGAAAUAGGUGGCGUGGGACUCGAACCAAUCUCUCAGUUACAUUCUGGUUGUCAUCUUGAGUGUCUAUUGAAUUUUAUUAUUAUUCAUUUCUUGCCCUCCGAGUAGAACAUAUGACUUCAGAGGCACAUCAUCAUUUCCAGCUGGCCACAAGAUUUCAUUCCCUCUUCACCUGAACCACUACAUAUCAGCCUCGGACACCCAACCCAUCGCUUUCCACUUGUGUUUCACAUGAGGACCUAAUGUGUGAUAUAAUUCGAAGGUCAAUCUCCUCAGCGAAUAUCAAAUCCAACUCCAUUUGUUUUUGUAUAUUUGUUGGGCAAUAGAUUCUUGACUGGGUUCUCUGUAUGUCAGUGUUACUUGUCAGUUAUCCUUCCCAGUCAACCAUCUUCUUUGUAGUAUCAAAACAAGGCAAGUGUUGAUGAUGGUCUACCGUAGUCUGUUGGAAAUGAUUUUGGUGACGUGUACAGUAAGUCUCUGAACCACUUAAAAGCACUCACUUCAUAAAGGUGUUUAAAAUUUGGAUCUCAUUCUUUUUGUUGCGUGCUAUGUAUCUCCACACUGGUUUCAGAGUACUGAACGUAUUCAUAGGUAGAUACUUGGUACUCACUGUUAAAUUUGAAUGCUGUGAUUAUGUGACAGUCUAUGGUGAUUUUCUAUUACAUGCUCACACUAUACUCUUUUACAAAUCUUUGUUUUUCUUUUCUUUCUCAGCAUCACUGCCGUAACUGUGGACUUAUAUUUUGUCACGAAUGCUCUUCUCGAAAAAUGACCUUGCCAAGUUCUUCCAAACCUGUACGAGUCUGUGAUACAUGUCAUGCAUUGCUUUUACACAGGUACAAUGCUAAAUGAACUCUAAGGUUAUCAGAUGUAUGCCUUCAUAGCCAUUCUAGAUAACACACAUUGUCGUAAACUGUCCCAAGAAUAAGUUUCUCUUGACAUAUGCAUAAUAAACCAAUGUGAUGUGUAUUUUUUACUUUUAACGAUUUGUGCAUUUGCCAGUUUUCCUUUGUUUUCUUCUAUACAUUGAAAAUAACCGUGUACAUAUAUGCAUUCUUUGUAACUUGUUACUUAUCAAAUAUAUUUUUUCUGCUUCUGUAAUCCUUGAUCUGAAAUUAAAACUUAUAAGGGUUAUGUUUAGAGUAGUUUCACCGUCUGUUACCUUUUGAUUUCUCAUCAAUCGUAUUAUCUUCUGAAGGAAAAGACAGGAUGCUUAUUAGACACCGACUGAUGCAUAUUCUUAGUGUUGAAAUU